AUGAAAAACAGUCCAUUAAUUUAGUUGCCGAAAUGGAAAAUAGAAUUAAAGAAAAUUAAAGAUACAAUAGAGGAAUAAGAAAAAAGCUUAGUUAAAUUGUUUAAAUUAUUUGAUAGUGAUCUUAAUUAAGUGCUCGAUCUAGUCGAAUUCGUAAAAUUUCUGAGAACUUUCAAUUCAAACAUCAACAAUGAGGAUGCAAGUUUGAUUUUCCAACAUUUUGAUAAAAACUGCAAACGAGGCAUUGAUUUUUUGGAAUUAAAGUCAACUUUUUCGAAUCUUAACUAUGAUGGUAGUAUUAGCAUUUUACUAAAUAAUAUUCAAGUAAACAAAAUAUGA